AUGACACGAGUAUAUCAAAACUUUCAAGCAAUUCGUGGUGGUGGUGGUGGUCCUUUAGUAAAUUUUCCUGGUGUGUCAUUGCGUGUUCCAGACAGUACAAGUACUGCUUUAGCUGAUUUUAAUGCAACACGUCAACGUGAAAAACAUGAACUUGAACAAUUAAAUGAUAAACUUGCACAAUAUGUUGAAAAAGUAAAAUUUUUAGAAAUACAAAAUAAAAAAUUACAAAUGGAAUUAGAUAUAUUACGAAGUCGUGCAGGGCAAGAUUCAUCACGUAUUAAAGAAAUGUAUGAUAUUGAAAAGAAUGAAGCAAAUAAAUUAAUUGAUUCUACAAAAUAUGAUAAUGCUGCUGCUGCACAACAAACUGAAAAAGAAGUUGAACAACUACGAGUACAAUAUAAUGAAGUAAGUAACUAA